AUGAAGCUUCCCAUCGCGUCAUACAAUGAGAUCCUAGGAAAAGGGGCUUCAAAGACUGUUUAUAGAGCUUUUGAUGAGUAUGAAGGGAUUGAGGUUGCUUGGAACCAGGUGAAGCUUUAUGAUUUUCUCCAAAGUCCCGAAGAUCUCGAGCGGCUCUACUGUGAAAUUCAUCUCCUCAAGACGUUGAAGCACGCCAAUAUCAUGAAGUACAGGCUGAAACAUAAGAGGGUCAACAUUAGAGCAAUUAAGCACUGGUGCCGACAAAUUUUGCAAGGUCUUCUUUAUCUCCAUAGCCAUGACCCGCCUGUCAUUCAUAGAGACCUCAAGUGUGACAAUAUAUUCAUCAAUGGAAACCAAGGUGAAGUCAAGAUUGGUGACUUGGGCCUUGCUGCAAUUCUUAGAAAAUCUCAUGCAGCACGUUGUGUAGGGACACCCGAGUUCAUGGCCCCGGAGGUGUAUGAAGAGGAAUACAAUGAGUUAGUCGACAUAUACUCGUUCGGCAUGUGCAUUCUUGAAAUGGUGACAUUUGAGUACCCAUACAGCGAGUGCUCUCAUCCCGCUCAGAUUUACAAGAAAGUCAUCUCUGGAAAGAAACCGGAUGCACUAUACAAAGUAAAGGACCCGGAGGUGCGUAGAUUUGUCGAGAAAUGCUUGGCGACAGUGUCUGACAGGCUGUCGGCUUGGGAGCUUCUGAACGACCCAUUUCUCCAAAUUGAUGAUUACAUUUGCGAUUUAAGGCCUUUAAGUUAUCAGAGGGAGUAUGAUGAUUUUGGGCCUAUACUCGCACAGCGCCUCUUGAGCGCACAACACAGCACCACAAGCUCGGUGGUCAAUGGGUACGCCAAUUUUGUUGGGUACGAGCCGGAGAGCAAUGAGUUCGAGGGCGGGUCAGUUGGGUAUGAUGGUCAAGAGAUGGAGUUUUUCACGGACGAGCACUUGGAGAAUGUGGAUGUCACUAUCAAAGGAAGGAGGAAUGAGGAUGGGAAUAUCUUCUUGAGGCUCAGGAUAGCAGAUAAGGAAGGUCACGUCCGAAACAUAUAUUUCCCUUUCGACAUCGAAAAUGACACAGCUCUGAGCGUGGCAGUCGAGAUGGUAGCUGAGCUGGACAUCACUGACCAAGAUGUCACCAAAAUCGCCGAGAUGAUCGAUGGAGAGAUAGCUUCCCUGGUGCCCGGGUGGAAAAGUGGGGCCCACACAGAUGAAAGCCCAAGCCACGACAACGGCGUUUGUUGCCACCACAACUGUGACUCGGAUGAUUCCCUCAAACACAGUUGCGGAGCUGUGCACGGCCGUUUCGAGGAGGUCACGUACGAACUCAAUGGGCCCGACCUGAAUUCCGAAAAUAACCCUGGUGACAAAUGUGAAAGUUUCGAACAACUGAUGAAUGAUGACGAGGCAAAAACUACUAGAGCCGAUAUCGAAGGCCCAAUGGAGGAUUACGAGAAUGAGAUAAGGCAGGAGCUGAGGUGGCUCAAAGCCAAGUACCAAAUGCAGCUGAGGGGGCUCCGGGAUCGGCGUCUAAAAUCAUCAAAUUCCCAUGCGGACGUCAAAGAAAAAGGAAAUGAUGAUUUUGAACCUAAUCCUUUCGUGUAUGCUCAUAAUUCGUGCGGUCCGGUGCACCUGGGAACGUCCAAGGAUUUCUAUGUGGGCCCCAUGAUGCCGAAUUCCCUUCAUCGCACGACUUCUCUACCCGUGGAUGCAACCGACUCGUGA